GGAACACGACCACUGGCGCCGUUGGCCUCAACUCCAGAACGGACAGAACGCGAUGCAAGAGAAGCGAGAGCCAGCCCAAUAACCUCCCGAGAAAUCAAAUAAUAGAAGAGGCGGGCAUGGCUGUCAUAGAGGGGAGUGGAAAACAACCUACUGCGACGGGGCUUGGUGCGCGGAAUAUGAUAGGUGUUGCUGGGUACCUGUAUGUUGGCAGCACUGGCAGGCUGUUUGCUGCGCUGGUGUUGCUGCGGGGAGUUUUGUCUCUCGGGAGACGGGAAGGCGCCACUAGAAGUGGACAAUGCUGCGAGAUGAUUUGCAGCGCCCCUGGCUUAGCGAAGCGAAGGGAAGGAAGGAGCGCGGCUGGGCAACCGAACGCUCGACUUCGUGCCGUUCACUCAGGCGACCUAGCUAUUCCCCUGCGAAUCGCCCGAUACUUCAGUGCCGCGCAAGUUGUGACUAGCCGGGACGAUGCAAGAAUCAAGAACCUGAAGACAGUGCUGCAGAAUUGGGCUGGCCCAGGUGCGGAAUUUGCCAGAGGUUUCAAGGGCAACGGCAAUGGAGAAAUGCCUCGCGCUUCCCGCCGCACCAAACGAAGUCACCGGCCCCCUUAAGGGCGGAAUGCCAACGAGCGGCGGAGCAGCUACAGAAAUCAAAAGAGUGAAUACUGGCAGAACCAAACGAGAGACAACAGUAGGAGACUUCAGCGCUGCACGAAGCACAGCUGGCGAGAUAGCGGCAUGCUGCCCUGGCUCGAGGAGAAAGAUCGAAAAUCGAAAACCGCAAUCGACGAUUCUGGACGCCCUCGUCUGAACUUAGUUCAGUUCAGGGGCAUCCCGCAC